AUGUGGCUUAAGCUCUGUGCGCAUUACGCAGUUUUAGUAGUGCUGGUGGAUUACUCACUACAAGUUAAUCCAAUAUCACAUAUUCGUUGCCACGGUUUAGCAGACAUUUCGCAUCAGUAUCCACUACGUGGAAGUAACACCUACCUAUGUUAUUUAGGCAGUCUUCCUUUUUAUGGUCCUGGGCGCAUUUCCGUGGGCAUAUUUGCAAAAAAGCGAUUUGACCAGCGGGUAGAUGGGAAACAACCACCUCAAGCUCAACAUCGAAACCGAUACAACAAACCACAACGCCAUGAUGCUGGUUUAAUUCACAACACAAGUGUUAAUGAUGUUUAUUCCGACACAGAAUACGCUACAGGUCGUGGAUUUGUGAAACAACACGCUCACCAGAAGGGUAAACCGCGCAACCAGAAAAAAGACUCUGGCUAUAACUCUUAUGAUUAUAUAACCAAAAAGAAGCUUUCCGGGCUUGUACAUGGGUCUUUGAAAUCGAAUCGCGUGGCUGAUAGAUGGAUAGUUAAAGAGGGCGGCAAUGCUGCUCAUCAAAACCGUGUUGACACUUCCAAAGUGCCGCCCAUUAAAUCGGAUCCAAGCUUCACGGGGAGAUCACCAGUGGGACACAAGGGCAUGAAUUCGCAGCCAACAUUGGCCAUAUCCAUGUUCAACCGUAGGAUGGCCAAGGACAACCAGCAGCUUCUGAGGUUGUCCACAGAGCCAGUGAACCCACUACUCCAACGCAUUGCCCACAGUAACCAGCGUAAGCAGAAAUUACGUGUAUCUCCUCUUUCUGAGGAUAGGGUCGCUUCGAUCCACCCAAGGGCAAAGCAAUCGGUUGAGAUUGUUAGUUCGAGCACUAAGGCUACAAAACUCGCUUCCACGCAUCCUAUAGAGUCGGACAAAGUAAACGUUGUAAUACCUUCUGGUAGGACAACACCUAAAUCCAAGCAGGUGUCUAAUGCUGCAUUGCCGGGGACAUCAAACUCUCACGAUCUGCAGGAUCCUAGGGAAGAUCCUGGCUAUACUAAAUCUUUGGACUUCACUGGCAAGGAGUUUAAUGCAUUAGAGCUAGAAUCACCGGGUAUGCGUUCACUUCGAUGUGAUCUUAGUCAGGGAUUAACGAAGCGGGGUGGUCCUUUGGUCGAUGCUCUGAAUGGCAAGCUUGAUCAGCUAAAGUCUGCUGGCUUUGAUGCCAUUGUUGACAUGAAUUCAUUAUUUUCCGUUAGCGCUGAUGUAUUUGCUGAUGCUAGCCAUGAUGAGACAACUCCUGGACAAAGGUCUGGCUUUUCUUCUUUGGGUAUUGUCAACAAGGGGCUAAUAUCUGCUAUUGCGAAGCACGGCAUAUCAAGGGCAACCGUUACUCAGAGCCGUUACAUUCCUGCUAUAAAGGAUUUCUUAAACACUUCAUCGGGUGAAUAUGAGCCUGUCCGUUCUAUGGUCAUCCAUGCGCCAACCGGUUCUGGUAAAACCUUGGCAUACUUGUUACCUUUGCUGGACCGGUUACUUCUACGUGACAUACCGCUCACUAAUAGUGAUGGCACUCUAAUAGAGCGUGAUCAUAUAAUACGCUAUUUACGGGCUCUAUUUACUGAAGAGAUGCUGGUACUUACACCAUCUAUAGAGUUAUCGGUACAGAGCCACGGGGUCUUAAAGGAAUUGUGGAGCACGUACGACCAAAUGUCAGAGACUCAGGAAUCUCAUGUACAAUCAAAACCACCAACACCAUUACGUUCCAAGGCUGCUGAUAUAUUUCGCGCUUUGGGCGCUAAAUUACUGGGCCGCCCUGUUGUAGAAAGCCCAUCUGAAACCCAUGUUAACACUGUGGCACCAAGUGUUCGUUUGGUAUCUGAGAUCAAGCCAAUUUUAUUAAUUGGUAAUGCCAACGUAUCUCACCAGAAGCGGGCUAUAAGGGAUCUCCGUCGGCGGCAGCAACAGCUGUCUAGUGAAUGUACUAAAGCUGUUGAUGAAUUCUACAACUCGCUAGGAAAAGGUGGUGUUAGUAAUGCCUCUGUGCCUAUAGAAAUACGUCGGGUUAUUGGCGUCAUGUUCGUUACUCCCGGGCGUGCUCAUUCUCUGUGGAAAACCCAUAAGUUAUUGGACCCGAAACGCGUUAAGUACUGUGUUAUUGACGAAUAUGAUGGACUGUUACAACUCAAGCGAGUUGUUAAGAGUACUUCUAAAGAGCUUGAGAACUCUAGUGUAAAGGCUGUUUUGGACGCUAUGUUGAGUGGCGUUAAGCCCUCACCCAGGAUCAGUGCCCUAAAGGUCAACACUGGCAAAUAUGUCUUAUGCCUUUCGGCAUCUAGGCUCGAUACUGUACCAGAAUGCUUUGGUAAACUGGGCGAGAUAGUUUCUGGGUGUAAAGAUAUACAAAAUGGUCAGGACAUACAACUUGAUCAAGGUGAUGAGGAUAGUGUCACCGAUAAUAGCCUUCCACCUAACAUCUUGCAUACCAUGGCUGUCUAUAGCGUUCCUGAUGCCAAAUUGGCGUUACUGCGCAAGAUUCUACAGGCACAUCCAUAUGACAAGUCUGCACUCAUCUUCUGCGAUUCCAAUGGCACCGCACAAUUCUUGGAAUCCUACCUUGGUGAUAAGUUCCCUAGCAGUGAAAUAACUGUGUUGAACUGUCGCCAGACAAAGCUUGAACGCAAGCGUUCGUUUCAAACGGUGAUUCAAUCGAAUCUAUCUGGCUCCAUACAAUUUAAAGGUCGCUCUCGUAAAGGAGGCAGCAGACCUGUGCAGAGCAUAGUGUUAUCAACGCAGUUGAACUCCCGCGGCAUUGAUUUCAGUGGUUUCACUCAUGUGAUCCACUACGAUCUCCCACAUGAUUUGACGGCGUAUAUGCAUCGAAGUGGCCGCAUAGGUCGAGUUGGCAACCCGGGGAUAUCAAUUUCACUGGUUGAGCGUAAGCUUCUUCCGGUAUUUUCCCGUGUAAUAACUAGACGUUUGGGCACUCCUAUCCACAAUAUAGAGACCCAUUCCUUAGUGACCAUGGAUGUAUUUCCCACUGAUGCUUCAUUCUUCCGCAAUGCUGACUAUUGGGGUAGAUUUUACAGUAACCCUAAGUUGAAGGAUUUUGAUUGGUAUGGCACCUUGGAUGACUUUCUAUCCAGUUUUAAUCGGUGCUUAUACGGUAAGGUACCCUUCGAUGCAUCCAAUGGGUAUAAACACGACCCUGGGAACUCAGUAGUUAUUAACGUUGGUUGUGGCAACUCUUUGUUGCCCUUUAGACUAUAUGAUAUGGGUUACACUCAUGUUUAUAAUUUGGAUUUUUGUAGAUCCGUUUUGGAUGAGAUGCGUGGCAAAGACCAUCGCAAUUCUAUGCACUGGGUUGACAUGGAUGUAUCCAGUUCAAGUUACACUGCAUUUGGUAGUGACAUAGCUACUAAGUUCAAUGACCAUUCUAAGAUCAUUAUAGACAAGGCGUUUUUUGACGCUUACAUAUCGGUUGCUGAGGGCGAGUCACAGACUAUCACGCGUGAUCGCGCUCGUUGUUACAUUGAGGCUACGUUAUCAUUUAUGGACCGUGAUGACAUGUUUCUUAUAUUUUCAUUAGCUCAGGAUUACGUCGUGGUUGAGCUUGUUCGUAAUCUAUUGUUCAAGGAUUAUUACGUGGAUAUCUAUCCUUUAUACAAUGCUAAUUCAAAGAAAGCUCACAUGAUCCAGUUUCUAUUUGGUAUAUAUCGCAAGGGUCCUGCUACAGCUAAACGUCGUCAAUGUCUCAUGUCUGAGAUGCCUCAUAUCCCUCUUGAUGAAUUUGAGAUUGGCGCACUGCCUAAACGUAUAAGUACUGCCAAGGGCGCGGUAGUUUUAGGAUCCAAUUUGGGUCAGUACAGUGCUGGCAGGCGUGUGACAUUCGACAUUUAUCCCAAGGACCUGAAAACAAAAGUUUGUUUCACUGCGGCGGUGUACGAUCGCUUGGUGGCGGACGAUGUACAGAUACCCACUGCGGCCAUCAUAAUUCCCACUGGGCAGGAGCACUAUUGGCAGUAUGCCAGCUCUGAAGGCAAUGAAGAGCUGGCGCAGCAGGCUGGCGCGCAGCGCAUUAUAAUACUUUGGCUGAAGUUUAGCAGUUCUGGCGAUAGCGCCUCUGUUCCUAAAGGCUUUGUCAAUCCUUUUGACGCUUGUUUCGGUGACGACGUCCUGAUGACGUACAUACAGGACAACAUGGGUGAUAUACUACUACGGAUAUCACUACGUGGCACCAAGAAGGUUACUAUUCUUAAGGCCGGUGAAUCGUGUGCGUUUCGUGCACCUCGUAAGGUCGCUUCGUCGAUAUACGCCGGUGACAUUGUGGUUCACGAGAUUCUUGCGAAUGAUUAUACAGAACCGGGGUUAUAUCACCAGGUGAUAACUAGGCAAAUGGUAUUUUCAUGCAGUCCACAGACCGUGCAGUCCGAGGUGCGGUACUAUGUUAACGAUGACGGCACAGAGGUGUUUUUAUCGAAUAGCCCUCUUAGUGAGUACUUAACCGCCAUGAUGCUUUCCACAGCGUUCAUGCCACGAGGAUCGGGGAUCCUAUCAGUGCUUGGCAGUGGUUCCGGCAGCCUGCCUCGGUGUUUACGUGUGAUCUUUCCCGAUUACACUGUUCACGCGGUUGACAUAGAUGAUAUGGUAACUGAUAUUGCAAAGGCACACUUUGGAUACUCUCCCGAUGCUACGGUACGCAUUUUAUCUGGUCAACCUUGCACGGACCAUGGUCCUGCUCUAGUUCACAUUUCGGGUGACGCUAUGGACUACCUCGAUUACGUAGGCGACAUAGAUAUAUCGUGUAUAAUGGUGGACAUCAACAAUGUACUGGAUGAUACGGGUGACUCUGACUUUGGCAAGUCUACACUAAUGUCACCUCACCCUAACUUCCUGGACACGGCAUGGCUCACCAUGGCAGCGUCAAAGCUUGAGCGUACGCAGGGGAUAUUGGUUAUGAACAUCCUUACGAGGUCGUGCGCCGUGUUGGACAGCGUUCUACAUAGGCUAUCAUCGGUGUUCACGUGGGUAGCGGUUAUCAAAAUGCCAACGGACGCUAACAAAGUGGCCGUAUGCCUAAACAGUGACGUUGCGGAUGCCCGGGAACGCUUUGGCGCAUAUGUUUCUGAGCUUUCUAUCAAGCGUGUUAUAGGCACAUCUGGGCUAGAGGUGUGGUCUGGCGAGUUACUUUCAUUUUUUAAAACUUCUGCCUAAAUGUGUAGUUACGUUUAUUG